AUAGAAACUGAAUUGUAAUUGGCGCAUUUUGAAACGAGUCCUACACAUGCUCCGUACGUUUGUAAAUACGUGCGAUGUCUACUAAAAUUAAGGUUAAGUUAGUUUAACUGGUCAAAAUGAUAUGCAGUCGAAUGAAUUUCGUUUUAAAACAUGUUUAUAAACAACCAAUAUGGAAUUGCCGUUUGUGUUCAAAAAUCUCGCAAGAAAUAGAUGAAAAAGAUCCUGCACCUUUAUUUUUCGAUCAACAUGUACAAGAAUUAUUAACGACUCUGACGCGUAUCAAUUACGAUAAAGUUUUUGCAACUCGAAAAGAUGGCACAAAAUUGGUGGUUCCAAAGUAUAAGUUUAUGACAGAUGAGGAAUUAAAAAAUGCACAAGUUGAAAUUGCAGUAAAGGCUAGAGGACGCAUUCAGAUGCCACCUGUUGUAAAAAUGAGAUCAGAUGAGGAAGUUGUACUGUCAAAUGAUCCUGCUCUACAAGGUUUUCAGAUGCACAACAUUGUAGUUACUGAUAUAUCUUUUGGGAACCAAAACAGAAAUAGAUUAAUCGUAAUCCGAGAACCGAAUGGUAAAUUGAGGCAUGCAAAAUCUGAUGAAAGAAGACGUGUAAAUCAAGUAUAUUUUCCUAUAAAUGGUAGAGAAAUACAUAUCCCAAACAUGUUCUACGAUCCACAUUUUAAGGAUUUACUGGAGAGGCAAGAAUUUGAAUUUAUUUUAGAUCGAACGUGUACGCAGUUUGAACCAGAUGAUCCAGAAUACCACAGAAUUACGAAGGAAGUGUAUGAAUGGGUGAAUAAGUUGAAAAAAUUUGACAUUUUGCGUUCUACAAGACAUUUUGGUCCAUUUGUGUUCAACCUUGCUUGGAAGAAUGAUAUUUGUCCAUUAUUAAUGGAAUUAAUCACAAACAAGAAUAUAAAAGAAGCUGCUGCAUUGAUUCGGCUUUAUCACAGGCUUCACCCUGAGGCAAAGUCACAUGCUGAACCGAUAUUAGACGAUAUAGAAUUAGUCCUAACAUAUGCGAAAUUAGAUUCGCCAGAACCACAUAAACUAACACGUGCUAUAGUGAAUUAUAACAAAUUGCGGAAAGAGGAAGAAGAAAUAAAACUGGGUGUAAUAAAAGCGCAUGGGUUGGUCGACGAUACGGACAAACAAACAUGAACGA